UGUAACUGAUUUUCAAAUUGUAUGGAAAGGAACAUCAGCAUGCAAAGCAUAUUUAAAGAUGACAGUUAGGUUACCAAUGUGAUUCAGUCAUCCAUCUAUGGCGUACAGGCUCUGCUUUCAUUAAAAGACACAGGGGGACGCUGUGUUUGUGUCUCCUCAGCAGGAGCAGCACAACACUUCCCUGGGCCUCUCUUUGGUCAUCUACAUGCAAAGUGUACCUGCACCCACUUGGCGUGUUUUAUACAAACAUACAACAUACAAAGUUAGCUGCUGUUUACACAAUAGGCCACUGUAGCGAUGACCCGUGAAGUACAAAACUGGAGUUUAGCCGCAAUGGUUAGGAUUUAGAAAAAUAACUUUCUCCUCCUGAUGUUAGGGGCUGCACAAAUUGUCAUGUGACACACUUGUAAUAUAUGCACACAGUAUGUGUGAUUUUUAACAACCAGCCAUGAAAUUGGAUGGAUUUUUUUCAAUAUGGCAAGGUACUGCAAUGAUUACAUGUUAUCAUCAGUGUACGUCUUAACGCAUGAUCACAGCUUUUUUUUUUAAAAAACAAACAAAACAGGUGUGUCCCAAUGACGUCCAUUGUUAGCUUGCUAAUAUUAACUCAUUUUGUCAUGUUAUGUUGCACAAAAAAGGGAAAUAAGUAUGUGUUCAUGUUUCACAUAAGGAUUGUGAAUGAUGGGUGAAAUUCCCCUUUAAGUAAAGAAGUACCAAAGUAAACAAGGGAUGACUAUAUUUAGAAGUUUUUUGUGCCAUCACUGACAGAACUGUACUUGGAAAUAUCUCCUUCCACUUUAAGACACAAGUCCCCAUUCACAUUGUUUUGAAGGUAAACAGUGACCGUCAAAAUGAUGAGAUACAAUGGAAAGUGAAUAUUUUGAGCAGAUUAUUCACAAAUCAUUGCAAAUAUAGCAGAAUUUAUUGAAAAAGCUGCUGCAAAAGCAGGCAGUCUAGGCUGCAACAAUAACAAAAGAAGCCUGCUAAAUCCUAGAGGGACUGAAUGUUUCUAAUACACUGAUGUGAUUUAUGGGAAAUAGUUUUACUGUUUCAACCACACUCCAGAGGUCAUGUUCCCUGUUGCUGUGUUGGUAGUAGAUGACGAGUACAUGACCUUUGGCCCAGUUCUGUUCCACCCUCAACUGUCUUUCCCCCCCCCAACUCUGACCAUGUGACUGGAGGUGUACAAUUUCAGCCAGGAGGUCAAGAACCGUCGGCGUGAGUGUUCUUAUCUUGGAUGCUGCCAAUGAAGAUACAACCACAACCAAAUGAUAGGCUACUUCUCUCGUUUUUCUACACUCCCCGUGUACUGUAGGUCCCAUUUUUAGUAUUACAGCUCAGUCAGAUUUUGAGCUUGAGUCCCUGACACCACAUUAUGGAGACAAUUUGAUCUCAUAUUUAAAGUGGAACCUGUGGAAUCUCGGCUCCUCUUUAACUGGCUGAUGUGGACAUAAUCGGCUCGCAACAUAACCAAAACUGAAACUAACCAUUACGAGAGUUGAGAGAAUGGUGACGAUAAAGGAUUUACAUUCUUUUCCUACAUAUUUCUGUUUUCAAAUUAUAUUUUAUACUCUUAUCUAACAGAUUUGCUGUGUAAGUUCAGUGUGAUGAACUUUUACUCUUUGAUUCAUUCAUUUAUUUCCAACCGGUCAACAAGAUGACUACAGACGAUACUUUAUGUCCCGUGUUUUGUAACGAUUAUUCCAGACCAAUGAUGCAAUUUUAUAUUUGGACUUUUGACAGUAAACUUUGACAACCCCUGAUCGAUAUCUUCUGACUGGUCAAACAGACCAGGAGGAACAUUUUGGCUGUGAUUGCAGUGUGACUGGGUUUGCGCUGGAGCUGAGCUGGUCUUGAUGUUGCAUCACGUGUUAAAUGACCCAGCUGGACCGCCGUUCCCUCUCCCCUACUUUCUCUUCUAGCGUGUGUCUGAUGUGUGUGUGUGUGUGUGCAGUGGUAUGGGGUGACCUGGGAACUGGCUCUGCCAUUGGCUCACCAACCUCUCAGGCCAAGUAUGGAGACUGGAGGUGUUGGCGCUUGUCAAAGUACCUUUUGCCUCCAAUAACGCUCAGCCAAGUAUGACAAUCAUGGAACCUGGACGUUGUCAUCGGGCAUUGUAAAACGCUAAAGUAUAUUCAUCCACGCACACAGUUGUAUUCGCAACUAAGCAAAGACUAGCUAGCUUCCCUUCAGGCGCCAUAAGAUGAGGUUCCGCCAACUUUCGCUAUUUGAACAUGUUUAGUUCAUCACCCCGAGGUCUUCAACUUUGAAAUCAUUAUUUCUACUGAUAUAAGUCAUUUUCUUAUCACUAGUAUAGCGGUAUAUAAAAACUAUUGCCCAACCCUAAUCUCUAAUCUCCAACAAUACUGAAUUAUUCAUUAAUGAUAAACACUAUUUAUUGGACAUGUCGGAGUUUUAGUGCUUUAAAUGUGAGUUUACUGUAUAUGUAUGAAUAUGUAUGUUAUUUUACCAUAUGUUGUGCUGUUGUAACCAAAUGAAAUGCUGUAAAAAGCUUCUAAAAUUGAUUUUUACACACAGAGAACUGCACUCGAGUGUUAUUGCAGUAUUUGUCACUUUAAUGCUGUGUGUAUGUGUAGCAUCUUAGACACUAUUUGACAACUUCGACUGUUAUUAUGAUUGUUAAUUUAUCACGUGCAAUGUAAAGUUUAACAGAACUGUUUAUUCAGCAUUGUGGGUAUGGGUGUGUCAAUAUUGUAUGUAUAUUUCUGUCUGGUUAGUUCUUCCAGCUUGUGCAAAGAGCAGUGAAGAGUUCCUUUCUGUUGUGAUGAUUUAAAUACCUAAAUUCAACAUAUUUCAGCUAAACUCCUCCCAUGUUCAAUUCUUCUGUAGCAAUUUGCAUUCAGUAUCUCUAAUAUGAUAAUUAGUGCAAAGUUUGAUAUCACAGCCUUGCGGCGUUUUUAUACAGCAGGUUGUAUGAUCAUAUUGUAUUGUAGGUCAUUAUAGGCAUACUGUAGUUGCAAAUGUGAGGACUAAAUAAAUCAACCUUAUUCUGGUCUUUGGAAGGUUUGGUUGUGACGUGUGUUGCAUGUGUGCGAGUUUCUCUCUUGGAGGGGAGUGUGUGUGUGUGUGUGUGUGCUAUUCAUAGUGUGAGAACCGCAGAGGUCUAUUAGAAGUCACUGAGUCCUUCCUCAUAGAACUACUGCACUACGGGAUAGACUCCAUACUACUCAUUCAGUACACAUUGUUGAUCUGCUCCGUGAACAACAGCCAUGCAGGCUCAGGAAGUCCUGAGACAGCUGCGGAUUCCAGAGUUGGAUGACGUUCGCCAGUAUAUACGAGGUCUUCCAAGCAACACACUAUUGGGCAUGGGUGUCUUCGCCGCCAUUACCACAUACUGGCUGUCCACCCGGCCAAAAGCCCUCAAACCACCGUGUGACCUCAGCAUGCAGUCUGUGGAAAUGGCAGACGAAGAAGGUGCAAGAAGGUCAGUGCUCAACAGCAGCGACGAGCACAUGACGCACUACUUCAGUGACGCAACCACGAUAUACGAGGUGUUCCUUCGAGGGCUCAGAAUGUCAAAUAACGGACCUUGUUUAGGCUCAAGAAAACCAAACCAGCCGUACGAGUGGCUUUCUUACAGAGAGGUUGCAGACCGGGCCGAGUAUGUGGGGUCUGCCUUGCUUCACAGAGGUCACUCUAAUACAGGGGACAAGUAUAUCGGCAUCUUCGCCCAAAACAGACCAGAGUGGACCAUAUCCGAGCUGGCAUGUCACACAUAUUCCCUCGUAACGGUUCCACUGUACGACACACUUGGUACGGAAGCUAUCGGCUUCAUUAUCGACAGAGCUUCCAUCAGCACUGUGAUUUGUGACGUGGCUGAAAAAGCUCGAAUGAUUCUUGACUGUUUCAACGAAAAAGGGCGAACGGUGAAAACGAUUGUGUUGAUGGAACCGUUCGAUGCUGAUCUGGUGACUCAAGGACAAAAGUACGGCGUUGAGGUUAUGCGCCUCAAGGACUUUGAGGACUUGGGUAAAGCAAACUACUAUGACCCUAUGCCACCCAAACCAGAGGACCUUGCGCUUAUCUGCUUUACAUCUGGAACAACAGGAAACCCUAAGGGUGCAAUGCUCACGCAUGGAAAUGUCAUCUCCAACACUGCAGCUUUUCUUAAAAUGACAGAGGUGCACUGCAUGCUGAACCAACAUGACGUUCUCGUAUCCUAUCUUCCCCUAGCUCACAUGCUUGAGAGGGUUGUGCAGGGUGUCAUCCUCAUCCAUGGUGCUCGUAUUGGAUUCUUCCAAGGCGACAUUCGGCUCUUGAUGGAUGAUUUAAAAGAACUGCAGCCAACAUUCUUUCCUGUGGUCCCGCGUCUCCUCAACCGCAUGUUUGAUAAGAUAUUUAGUCAAGCCAACACACCGCUGAAGAGAUGGAUGUUGGAUUUGGCUUUUAGGAGGAAGGAGGCGGAGCUAAAUAAUGGUGUGGUCAGAAAGAACAGUAUGUGGGACAAGCUCAUCUUUAAAAAAGUACAGGCUAGCCUGGGUGGACGCGUGCGCUUGAUGCUUACAGGAGCUGCACCCGUGUCCCCCACUGUUCUGACUUUCCUACGAGUGGCGCUGGGGUGUCAGUUUUACGAAGGCUACGGCCAGACUGAAUGCACGGCAGGAUGCUCCAUGUCAAUGCCUGGGGACUGGACAGCAGGCCAUGUUGGACCUCCUCUGCCUUGUAAUGCCAUCAAACUGGUGGAUGUUGCAGACAUGAACUACUUGGCAGCAAACAACGAAGGAGAGGUUUGUGUGAAAGGACCCAAUGUAUUCCUGGGAUAUCUGGGAGACGCUGAGAAAACGGCAGAGGCGAUUGACAAGGAUGGAUGGCUGCACACGGGGGACAUUGGCAAAUGGCUUCCUAAUGGCACUCUGAAACUUAUCGACAGGAAGAAGCACAUUUUCAAGCUAGCACAGGGAGAAUACAUUGCCCCAGAGAAGAUAGAAAACAUCUACAACCGUAGUGACCCGGUGGCCCAGAUAUUUGUGCAUGGUGACAGUUUACAGGCAUGCUUGGUGGGGAUUGUGGUGCCCGAUCCUGACUUUUUGACCAUUUGGCUCAAGAGAAGAGGCAUAAAUGGCUCCUACUUGGAUUUGUGCAAGAGCAAGGAUGUUAAAAACGCUAUUUUGGAGGACCUCCAGAAGCUGGGCAAACAAAAUGGACUCAAGUCUUUUGAACAGGUGAGAGACAUUGCAUUGCAUCCAGAGAUGUUCUCUGUCCAGAAUGGCCUGCUCACACCAACGCUCAAGGCGAAGAGGGUGGAGCUUCUGAGUUACUUUAGAGCACAGAUAAACGAACUCUACGCCAACAUUAAGGUCUAAGUUGAUGUGCAGGGCGACAGUUGAAUGGGAACAUAUCUGCCAGUGACAAUCUGGACAUUUUUGCAGCGUUUGGUUUUGAAGGAAUUGGAUGGUUUUAAAAGUGAAUCGUUCCUUUUUAGUAAAAUAGCACUAAGCUGACAUUAUGGCUAAACAUUAGUGGCUUUAUUUAUCUUAGGAUAAGGGUUAUAAUGUACAAUGGGCAAAUAGAGUAUGACUAUUGUAACAUGGAAGUUGGACUUGCAUUUUGCUUUGGUUUGUUAUUAGAGUUUAUAUUAAUAUUUAAAUGAAGUUGUUAAUUCAUUUCAAUUAAAUUCAUGAAUUAGUGGGGUAAAUAGUGUGUAUAAUAUUAUGACUAGUAAUGAUAAUUCAGAACAUUAAAUAUAUUUGCAUUCCCCUGUUUCAAUGUGGUGGGUUAUCAGAGAACUCACCGUUUAGUUUCAUGCUUUUAUUGGAAGCAUUGAACAGUCGUGCUUUUUAUGAAUUAACAAAUGCUAUCUAUGCCACACUAUUGGACAUAAAGGUGAGCUAUAAUUAUUGGAAUUGUGCGUACAGUUUAAACCAUAUUAUGAUUGUGUAUUAUUGAAAGGACAAGUGCAUAGUUGUGUGCUUGUACAAAUGUGACUAGAGUUUGCAGUAAAGUACAUGAGUAAC